GCCCGCGCAGUGCCCGCAGCAAAGAUGGCGGCGGCGGCCGCUUCCGGCCGGCGCGGAGCGCGGUGUGAGGCGGCGGGCGGCGGGGAGCUGCUCUGAGCCGGGGAACAUGGCGGCGGCCGGCAGCUCGCCGACGAUCGUCGAGUACUUCGGGGGAGAGGACGGGUACCGCUGCGGCUACUGCAAGAACGAGAGCGGCAACCUCUCCCACGGUAUGUGGGCACAUUCAAUGACGGUUCAAGAUUACCAGGACCUCAUAGAUAGGGGAUGGCGAAGAAGUGGAAAAUACGUCUACAAACCUAUCAUGAAUCAAACAUGUUGUCCUCAAUACACAAUAAGGUGCCAGGCACUGCGUUUUCAGACCUCCAAAUCUCACAAGAAAGUUCUGAAGAAAAUGCUGAAGUUCAUUUCUAAAGGAGAUGUUUCAAAAGCAGUGAGUGAAGAAGAGCCUAUGGAUUCCCAUGUAGAGGAUGCAGUCUCAUGUGGUUUUGUACACAGAAGUGAAUCUCAUGUCAGCGAGGCUGAACUGACUCCCUUAAAUGAGGAUCACACAGACAGAGUGGAGAAGGAAGAUGAGGACAAAGGAGAAACAAAAGAAGAGGUGAAUGUGAAGAAGGCAGAGUUGGCUUCUCUUCAGAUACGUGGAGAUAAAGAUGCAGCAGUCCCUGGAGAACCAUCAUCUUCUACUAAAAUUGUUCAUGCACCACCAAAGCCAGGCAAAGGGGCUGAUCUGAGCAAGCCACCAUGUCGAAAAGCAAAGGACAUACGGAAAGAAAGAAAACUGCAGAAACUCCUUCGGAACCAGAGGUGCACCCUUGAAGGCUCUCCACUUCAAGCAGAACAUCAAGCUUUACUCUUGCAAAACUCAAAGUCUACAGCAAACCAACCAAAAAGCAUUGAAGACUUCAUUUUUGUUCCUUUACCCGAUGAUGCACCGCACAAAUUGGAGGUGAGGGUGGUGAGAUCAUCUCCGCCAAGUUCACAGUUCAAAGCCACAUUUCAGGAGUCUUACCAGGUCUAUAAACGUUACCAGAUGGUUAUUCACAAGGACCCACCUGAUAAACCAACUAUAAAUCAGUUCACACGAUUCCUCUGUGAUUCUCCCCUUGAGGCAGAGAAUCCACCAAAUGGACCAGACUGUGGCUAUGGCUCUUUUCACCAGCAGUACUGGCUGGAUGGGAAGAUAAUAGCUGUGGGUGUCAUUGAUAUCCUGCCCUACUGCGUGUCCUCUGUCUAUCUGUACUAUGAUCCAGACUAUUCCUUCUUAUCUUUGGGAGUUUACUCUGCAUUACGGGAAAUUGCUUUUACUAGGCAACUUCAUGAGAAAGCUCCUGAUCUCUGUUUUUAUUAUAUGGGUUUCUACAUUCAUUCGUGCCCCAAAAUGCGCUACAAGGGUCAGUAUAGGCCCUCUGAUUUGUUGUGUCCAGAGACGUACGUUUGGACCCCUAUUGAGCAAUGUCUCCCACUGCUCGAGCUGUCCAAAUACUCUCGUUUCAACCAGGAUGCAAAAGCAGUUGAUGAAGAUGGUAUUAAGGAACUGGGCAGAGUUAGAGUACUUCACAAGAGAACCAUAAUGCCUUACAGCGUGUACAAGAAGAGGAGGAAGGGGCCGAGCGAUGAAGCCAGCGUUCAGCAAUAUGCAAGUUUGGUUGGACAGACAUGUUCAGAAAGAAUGUUGUUGUUUAGAAGUUGAGAAACCAAUGAGUGACAUUUUGAUGGCACAACCAUCAUUGAUUGCACUGCCACUGGAUGAUGUAAUGUAGUUGUGUGUUGGUAUCCCUACUAAAGUAACAGUACAGAUAUAUAACUGGGCUUGUGUGAAUACAUGGAACUGUGUUUAAAGACAACUCCAAUGAAUCUUUUGACAGUACAGCAAGGCUUUAGCAAUAUCAGCUUAGAAAAACGUGCUUGCAAUACAUUUUAAUUAAAUAGUUCUUGCCUUUCUUUGCAUUUUGAAUAAUCUUAAGUAUCUAAGCAAAAUGAAAAACAGGCUUUUUUUCUGCAGACAAAGGUUGGCUCUAUUAUCUCUAUUAAUGAAUUUCUAUUAAUGAGAAUUAAAUCACAAGUGUUUUCAAAUAGCAGCUUGGCUAUCUGUUAUAUAAAAUUGCCAUUAAAUUUGUACUCACAUUUAAAUGUUCUUAAACUAUUGCAAGAGAAUUGAGAUUUCGUUACUUUCCAAUUGGAAACCUGGCAUGAUUUAAUUAUAUUUCAACACUGUAUUUAAAAACAGGAAGAAAUUAUUUUCAUUGCAAAUUCUUCAGUUGUUUAAUGUAGCAGGUUAGCAUCAGAGCAUCUACUGAGUAUGGAAUCACAGUUGAUUCUCAGUGGCAGGAGAUGCAGCGCUUUGGAAAACCUUCCCUUUCAGAGACAAAACAGAGUAGUUGCACUAUAAAUUUACCAAAGAGAUGCAACCAAGUGUCACGGAGUUCUGUGAGGUUUUAUGUUGUUGGUUAUUUGUUUUAAGCCUUAUCCUUUAUCUAGAAAGAGUGGAUAUUUUAAUGCAUGGCACUGAUGUGCAAUAGAGUUUGGGAUAUUCAUCUUACAGCUCUUCAGUGCACGUUUCAGAACUGUGCUAAAAACAUGAGGUACCACUGCUGAUGAUCGUUGCAAUUUUUUCAGCAGAGCUGUAUGGGGAGAAUUGCAUAUCCUAUUCCUUGGUCUUUCUGACUGUUCUGCUUGUGCCACAGUGGCCCACGGGUUAUUAACAUCUUCAAUUGAAUAUUUAUCUUGGAAACAGAAAGAUGUGAUGUUACCAAAGCACUUUAUUGCUGAUAUACUAAUGCUUUCAUUAGUGAACUGCAUCCGUAUCAGGUCAUACAGGGGAAAUAAUAUGGUUUUAUAUUCACCAACAACAUUAUAACUAUCCCAGUGUGUUUGUAAUUUGCUUAUCUGGGGUGACACGAGCUACUAUUUACCGUGAAUCAACCUGAAGUUUCCUGUUAACCUUUGAAGAAGGAGAAUCUUAUUCAAGAAAAUAUGUAUACACGUUUCUUUUUCCCCAGAAGGAAAUCAAAUUCAACUUUAAUCUCUGAAGGUUAUGUCUUGUGUCAGUUGUGGGCUUGAUUUAAUUUUGAACCCUUGGCCAGUGUCAUUAAUCAUUGAUUUUUAUGUGAAACAGCCACAAGAAUGUAGAGAUUCAAGUGCGUUGGGGAUUUAUUUUUCCCCAUGUCAGUUUGGUCACUGCAGUAUUACAGGUGAUGAAUGCAGGUUCAUCAGUAACCCUAAAAUGUGUUAAUUGCUAUGUAUUGUAUCAAUCUACUGCCACUUUGCAACAGAAUUGGUUGUUUCUGCCAGCCUUGUAGCUGGAUAUACGUGCGUUAUCUGGAACAGCGAGGUUUCUGUGUGCUGAACAAUCUGUGUCUGCCCACAUCUCUCCUAAGCCUACUGCUACAAGACUACUAACUACUAUUUAUGGCCGUUAUAAGGAGUUGUUUACUGUGGGGAAAAUACCUCUUACCACUUGGUGAAAUGUUGGAACAGUGUAACAUUUUCUGCCUAUGCUGUGUGUUGAAAUGUGGUGAUGCCCGUAGAGCUUAAAAACAAAACGGAAACCUGUUUGUUUGAUAUAAAAUCAGUCAAAAGGCACAAAGAAAAUCCACUAUGAUUUUCAAAAUGUUAAAGGUAAUAAAACUCAUUUACUGAA